AUGGCACUCAUUAUCGAUUCUCAACGCUGCCAUGAAGGAGUUUCCUGCGAUGGCUGUAAUAUAACAGCUUUUGGUGGAAAUCGUUAUAAAUGUCUGCGAUGUAACGAUUAUGAUUUAUGCCAAGGUUGCUUCCUUUCGAACAAUUUUGGCGAACAACAACGAACUCCGAAUGCUACAAUUCAUGACGAAGCCCACCCAAUGCAAUUAAUUCUUACACAAUCGGAUUUUGAACACGUGUAUGGUUCAGAUCCAACGAAAAACUACGAGCAAAUGAAAAUUGCGGUUUUCACUUGCCCAUAUUGCAAUGAACACGGGUUCAGUGUCAGAGGGUUCGGGUCUCAUGUAACUUCCGUGCAUGUUAAUCCGCCGCCUUAUAACGUGAUCUGUCCGGUUUGUAUCGCCACUCCAGAUAUGGAGCACAGCUCACACCGAGACACAGAGAAUUUGAAGUCCCAUUGGAAUGAGCAUCAUAAUUCUAUGUCUGAAACUUACCGCUACGAGCCACCAACAAGAGGAGUUAGCCGACGUCCGAUGCUUGCUCGACGAACUCAAAGACCUGCUGCCGGCAGAGCAUCUAUGACCGCUGGACAAAUAAUGCAGAACUGGCCAUUGGGGCCAGACGUUGAUAUGGAAGAAGUGCUACGAUCUAUGAGACAGAACGUAAUGGCCAACGCUGAUGUGAUGCAAAUGCCUUUCAUCAGUGACCAAUUACGUAAUAGAAUAACAGCGAUUGGGGCGCGUGGAGGAGCUGCAGCCACGACUUCUGAGACAAAUGCGGAACGAAUUCCAGCAUCAACUAUAAUGAUGGAUGCGAGCGUGAUUGCCGGCCUUGACGACUAUACGGAAGAUGACUUUGGAAGCGAAGAUGUUGAAGAUUUGCCAGAGGCGCCAGUGCUGAAUCAAAAUUCUCAGGUACAACAACCAGCUGUUAAAGUUCCACAACCAAAACGCGAUGUCAAUUCGUCAAUGUGCUCUAGAACUCGUAUUUGUGAUAGUGAUAGCGAGUUCGAGCUUCAUAUGGCAAGUGAUGAUGAUAUAUCCAGUGAGGACGAUAUGAUUAAUGACCAAGGCUAUAGACUAAAGCCAUUAGAGCGCGCUGAUGCCUACCCAGAACGUGAUCUCGUUUGGAAAGACAUUCGUGAUCGACUAACUAAAGACGAAGUCGAAGUUGUUAUCUCCGCUCUUCGUGCAGAGCCGACGAUUGAGAUUGACGAACCGGAGAUUGUUACGGAACAGACAGGAUCGGUUAAGCCAAUUCCCAAUCCUGAAUCGGCGAAUGCCACCUAUGAUGAAAUGGAUCAAAAUUGGCUUCCUGUCCACUUUGAUGGCUCUCCACUCUGUAGUUUUGGUUCUGGAUGCUAUUGGAGCGACAAGCGUUUUUUAAAACAGAGAAAGAUGCAACGUGAGAGAAGCGCUGUUGUUACUAAUACUGAAGACUUAGAGAAGGCUGAAGUCGCGUUGUCUCUUUUCCGUGCUUCUUGUCCACCAGAAUUGCCGAACAAAAUGCGGUAUUUCGACCGUCCCGAUAGAGCCGUUCGGCGCGCUAUUCGUCAUCUAGACCUUGGAAGAACCAGCCCUAGUGACGAAGCACCACUAGAGCCUGAAGUCGUUCCACAUGAAGAGGACAAAGAAGAGUUUCCGCAUAUAGUUCUCCCAGAAUUGCCAGUGCCGGAAUCGGUUGGUACUUUAAUGCCUGACUUGUCGCAAACUGGAGUAGCGGCUGCUUCGUUGUCAGUUGUUGUCGAAAGCGAUAGAGAGUUAGUGAUAUCUCCAACGGAAUCGGAUGCUGAUGAUUUCGAAGAAGAGGAAGAAGUACCAUCAACAAGCUCCUAA